CGCCCCGCCGCGUGCCCACCCCCGCGCGGCUGCUGCAGCCUAAGCUAGGUCGACCACAGCCUGUCCGCGGAGCGGGUGCCUGAGCCCCGGCGGCGAGGAGCUCGUCGUGGGGCUCCUGGGCCGCGGCGGCGGGCAGGCGAUGCUCCAGAGGCUUGAGCAGCCAUGGAGGCCGAGACGGGCGGCCUGGAGGAGCUGACGGAUGAAGAGAUGGCGGCUCUGGGCAAGGAGGAGCUGGUGCGGCGCCUGCGGCGGGAGGAGGCGGCGCGCCUGGCGGCUCUGGUGCAGCGCGGCCGCCUCAUGCAGGAGGUGAAUCGGCAGCUACAGGGUCACCUGGGCGAGAUCCGCGAGCUCAAGCAGCUCAACCGGCGUCUACAGGCCGAGAACCGCGAGCUGCGCGACCUCUGCUGCUUCCUAGACUCGGAGCGCCAGCGCGGGCGGCGAGCCGCUCGCCAGUGGCAGCUCUUCGGGACCCAAGCAUCACGAGCCGUGCGCGAGGAUCUAGGCGGUUGUUGGCAGAAGCUGGCCGAGCUGGAAGGCCGCCAGGAGGAGCUGCUGCGGGAGAACCUGGCCCUUAAGGAGCUCUGCCUGGCGCUGGGCGAGGAGUGGGGCCCCCGCGGCGGUACCGGCGGCUCGGGGGGCUCUGGCGCUGGGCCGACACCCGAGCUGGCCUUGCCCCCCUGCGGUCCCCGUGACCUGGGCGAUGGAAGCUCCAGUACCGGCAGCGUGGGCAGCCCCGAUCAGUUGCCCCUGGCCUGCUCCCCAGAUGAUUGAGGGCACAGCUUCGCGCUGACGCCCGCCCGGAUUGCUUCUCCCGCGCGGAGACUGCGGUGGACCUCGGCACCCGGACGCCGCCCCCGCUGCGUACGAGGGGCCGCUGGCAUGGACUUAGAAACCCUAACACUGAGGAGGGCCCCUGGCGCUCGCUGGCGGGGCAGGAGGGGGACUGGAGGCUGGAGCGGAGGGACUUGCUGGGGGCUGGGUGGAGGCUAAUAAACUGAGGCGGA